AUGCAUCUCAACGCACCGGUAUUGUGCUCUUACGCAACUGUAUUUGUGACAGAUAGGGUGGUUGCUGUUGAAGUUCAGGACUUGCAUAGCGCCAACACCGUCUUCGUCGUAACUGAGCGUGAUCAGGUGUUGAAAUUCAAGGAACGCCUAAACACCGUCUUCCUGGACAUUCAAUUUACGAUGGAGGAAGAAGAAAACAACCAACUGGCCUUCCUGGAUAUCCUAGUUUGCCGCAAAAACGGCGGUUGUCCUCUUUAG